AUGUCUGCCCUGAGGGAUACUGGUAAGUUGGCAUACCACGGGCUUACGACGUUGUCGCGGCUUGUGGAGUCUGACACGGAGGUGGCGACUAUUGACUUGAACUUAUUGGAGAACUUGAACACCAACCAGGCGCUCAAUUAUAUCAAGUUGGAGCAAAAGCUCGAUGCGUUGGACACCCACUCCAACACCCUUAAAGCAAUUGACGAGGAGUAUGGGGCGUACGUAAAGCUUCUCGACGAUAUCGACGACCGGAGUCAGAAGCUUGAUCAAUUGGUGGAUGAGCUUGAUGCGUGGACGAAGGAGCUUGACAAGAGUACCGGGGCCGCCAGGUGA